GCAUCGAGCCACACGAGGUUCGACCAAAUCGCCCCCGCCGCCACCCACGCAGUAGGCCAGCUCCGCCACUCCUGCCGGCAAACCUCGGCCUCCACCGUCCUCCGCCGGUAACCCCCGUCUCCGGCCGGUUCCCACUGUCCUCGCCUGACUGCCGCCGCUCCCGCCCUCCCAGAUCGGCCGCGGCGAAUCGGGCCGCUCACCUCCGUGCCGACCCCGUCCCCGCCGGCAAACCUCCUCCUCGGUCGACCUCCUACCCAGCCGACCUCGUCCCAAAGCAGAGUGGCGGCGGCGUAGUCGUAGCGUCGAAGAUGAUCAUCCCCGUGCGCUGUUUCACCUGCGGCAAGGUGAUCGGUAACAAGUGGGACCACUACCUCGAUCUUCUCCAGGCCGAUUACACGGAAGGGGAUGCUCUGGAUGCAUUGGGCUUGGUUCGCUACUGCUGCCGGCGUAUGCUCAUGACCCAUGUUGACCUUAUCGAGAAGUUGCUCAACUACAACACACUGGAGAAAACGGAGACAAGUUAAUACCCAUCCUGCUGUGAAACCCUCUUGUUCCUCUUCUCGACAUGGGUGUGUGAGGUACUAAUGUGAAGUUUGUUCGUUCCUGAAUGUCCAAGGACUGUUAGUGUGAUAAUGGCGUUUCUACUUCAUGUAAUUUCCGAUACUAUUAACAAACGUAUGUAUGCACUAUCCAGUAUGAACCUUGUCAAAGUUGUAAGCUUUGGAAUUAUAAAUCCGUGUUUUACGUUUCA